GUGACUCGAUCGCCGCCGCGGAAGGUCACGUGGUGCUUGUCCCGGAAGCGGCGAGGCGAUGGGGUGGGCGCGGGCGGCCGCGCUGCGGCUGCGGCAGCGGGUGAGGGGUGCUGGGGCGGUGCGAGAGGUCUGCCGGCAGUACCCGCUCUCCUGCUGCCUCCUCCUGGGCCUCGGAGCCGCCACGCUUCUCCUCAACCGGUAUCUUCACGUUCUGAUGAUCUUCUGGUCGUUCGUGGCCGGUGUCAUCACCUUCUACUGCUCCUUGGGACCGGAUUCCCUCCUGCCCAGUAUUCUUUUUACGAUAAAGUACAAACCUAAGCAGUUAGAAUUGCCGGAACUAUUUCCCCAUGGUCACAGUUGUGCUGUGUGUGGCAAGGUCAAAUGCAAGAGGCACAGACCUACUUUGCUUCUAGAAAACUACCAGCCGUGGCUGGAUCUGAAAGUGCCUUCCAAGGUUGAUGCAUCACUCUCGGAGGUGCUUGAGUUGGUGCUGGAAAACUUUAUUUAUCCAUGGUACAGAAAUAUUACUGAUGAUGAAUCUUCAGUGGAUGAAUUGAGAGGAACGCUGCGGUUUUUUGCAUCUGUAUUAGUUCGGAGAAUUCACAAGGUGGAUAUUCCAACUGUUGUAACAAAGAAAAUGCUCAAGGCAGCAAUGAAACACAUUGAAGUGAUAGCCAAGGCCAGGCAGAAAGUAAAAAAUGCGGAAUUUUUACAGCAAGCUGCUCUAGAAGAAUAUGGACCAGAACUCCAUGUUGCUUUGAGAAGCCGAAGAGAUGAACUUCACUACUUAAGAAAACUUACUGAACUUCUUUUUCCUUAUAUUUUGCCCCCAAAAUCAACAGAGUGCAGAUCCCUGGCUCUUCUGAUAAGAGAAAUUCUGCCUGGUUCUGUUUUCCUUCCCUCAAUGGAUUUCUUAGCUGAUCCUGACACUGUCAAUCAUUUGUUGCUGAUCUUCAUUGAUGAUAGUCCACCUGAGAAGGCAACUGAACCUACUUCUUCAUUGGUUCCGUUCCUUCAGAAAUUUGCUGAGCCAAGAAAUAAAAAGCCAUCUGUCCUGAAACUGGAGCUAAAGGAGAUCAGAGAUCAGCAAGACCUUUUAUUUCGGUUUAUGAACUUCCUGAAACAGGAAGGGGCAGUCCAUGUGCUGCAGUUCUGCCUGACCGUAGAGGAAUUCAAUGACCGAAUUUUGCGACCGGAACUGUCGGAUACUGAGAAGAUGUCUCUUCAUGAGGAAGUACAGAAAAUUUACAAAACUUACUGUUUGGAUGAAAGCAUUGACAAAAUUAGAUUUGACCCUUUUAUUGUGGAAGAGAUUCAAAGAAUUGCUGAAGGUCCCUAUAUGGAUGUCGUGAAACUUCAAACUAUGAGGUGUCUUUUUGAAGCUUAUGAGCAUGUACUUUCUCUACUUGAGAACGUUUUUACUCCUAUGUUCUGUCACAGUGAUGAGUACUUCAGACACCUUUUAAGAGGAGCAGAGUCACCAACACGUAACUCAAAAUUUAACAGAAGUAGCCUGAGUUUGGAUGACUUCCGGACCACACAGAAGAGAGGAGAAUCAUUUGGAAUCAGCAGAAUAGGCAACAAAAUAAAAGGUGUAUUCAAGAGUUCUGCGAUGGAAGGAGCUAUGUUACCUAACUAUAACUUAAAUGAAGGAGAAGAUGACUUUAUUGAAGAAGGUGUUAUGGUGAUGGAAGAUGAUUCUCCUGAGGAGGCUGUUAGUACCCCAAAUACACCCCGCAACCUUGCCGCAUGGAAAAUUAGCAUCCCAUAUGUAGACUUUUUUGAUGAUCCCUCCCUGGAAAGAAAAGAUAGAAAGGAAAGAAUUCCUGUGUUCUGCAUUGAUGUAGAGAGAAAUGAUAGAAGAGCAGUUGGGCAUGAACCCGAACACUGGUCUGUCUACAGGAGAUAUCUUGAAUUUUAUGUACUUGAGUCCAAGCUAACGGAAUUUCAUGGUACAUUUCCCGAUGCUCAGCUUCCAUCAAAGAGAAUUAUUGGCCCCAAGAACUAUGAGUUCUUAAAAUCCAAGAGAGAGGAGUUUCAGGAAUAUCUGCAGAAACUUCUGCAACAUCCAGAACUAAGUAACAGCCAGCUUUUAGCCGACUUUCUAUCCCCUAAUGGAGGAGAGACUCAGUUUCUUGAUAAAAUGUUGCCUGAUGUGAAUCUUGGAAAAAUUAUAAAAUCUGUCCCAGGAAAGCUGAUGAAAGAGAAAGGUCAGCAUUUGGAGCCAUUCAUCAUGAAUUUUAUCAACUCCUGUGAAUCUCCGAAGCCUAAACCAUGUAGGCCUGAGCUUACCAUUUUAAGUCCCACUUCUGAAAACAACAAGAAGCUUUUCAAUGAUUUAUUUAAGAAUAAUGCAAACCGAUCUGAGAAUACAGAAAGACGACAAAAUCAGAACUACUUCAUGGAAGUGAUGACUGUAGAAGGAGUCUAUGACUACUUAAUGUAUGUUGGUAGGGUAGUUUUCCGCAUUCCCGACUGGCUGCAUCACCUCUUGAUGGGAGGAAGAAUUCUCUUCAAAAAUACAUUGGAACUGUACACUGACUAUUACCUGCAUUGUAAGUUAGAACAACUAUUUCAGGAGCACCGGUUGGUUUCUUUGAUAACACUGCUGAGAGAUGCUGUGUUCUGUGAGAACACGGAACCUCGUUCUCUCCAGGAUAAACAGAAGCGAGCAAAGCAGACUUUUGAAGAAAUGAUGAGAUACAUUCCAGAUUUAAUAGGCAAGUGCAUUGGGGAGGAGGCUAAAUACGAAGGCAUCAGGCUUCUGUUUGAUGGAAUGCAGCAACCAGUGCUCAACAAACAGUUAACUUAUGUUCUGCUGGACAUUGGAAUUCAAGAACUCUUUCCAGAGCUUAGUAAGGGUCCAAAGGAAGUGAGCUCUACAUCAGGUUGGAUGUGAAUGCAGGGAUCCUGUUGGACACACAGUAGAAAUGUCUGCUGUGCACUGUUGUGAUGGACAUGGGACCUUUUAACCUUGCGGUGUAUAUAUUCUUGUAAAUAAAAUAAAAUUCAAGUUCUAAAAAAAAUCUCUUUAUGCAAUAAAGACAUUAAAAUUUAGUACCAAUUACAAGUAAUUAUUAUUUAAAAUUUGUUUUAGCUGUUAUCAGUGAAAGUUCAAUUAAUUUGUGUGUAAAGUUGCAGAAUGACAUGAAGUAAUGAGCCAACAUAUGCUUUGCUAAAAGAGCAAUUACUGUUGUCAUCCUUAAAGGAUAUGUAGAAAAACUGUUUGGAAGAAGUCGUAGAAUUCUCCCAUGAAGUUAUUUUUAACUGUCUUAAUAUAUCUUACUAAUUUUUUAGAACAAAACUACAUUAUUGGAUCUUUUGCAUACAAAUCAUCUCAGAACUAUCUUUGCCCUUCAUGCUUUCCGUGAGUGUGGUAAAUCAUGUGUGUAAUUUAGUGUAUUUAAUAUCUGACCUUCAAAUCUAAAGCACUCUUAAUAACAGGUGUGAAAAGUGGUUUUGACUUUUACCUUAGCCUUUAUUUUUCUGCAAUUUCUUAGCUGCAUUUGUUGUUUUUUUUUUUUUCCUGAGAUCCUCUUUACGGAUGUGAGUCUGCUCAUAGCAUUUGCAAACAAUUUAUUAGUAUAAACAUGCGUGGAAGAUUUUUCCUGUAAAUCUUAAUUUGUUGUCCCAGCCUUUGUACAAGAGACUUCAAAAAGGAUUUUAGUGCAUGGAUUUUGAACACGUUUUACAGAACUGUACAGAGAUAUUUUAAUAGGCGCUUCUCAGUUUUUCCUUUCAAACAACACCGAUUUUCUCCUUUUUCACAAGCGGACCGGGCUAAUGCUGUAGGAGUGUUCUUGGUCAAUACAAUUUGCGUUAUUUGUCCGUAUUACUUUUGCAGACCUUUUCUUUCUUUUUGUAGAAAGAAGGUAAAGGUAUUAUUUCUCUCUGGCUAUGCCAAAGGAGUUGUUAUAACUCAAAAGCUGGCAUGCAGGUACUGCUCAGUCCAUAAGUGCACUCCUUUGUUCCUGGUUUUAUGUCGAUUUGGAGAAGACCAUUCUGUAAAUUAAUAACUUUUAGGGGCUGGUAUUGACAAAUCAUCAAUGCCAUGUUGUAACUAGUGGUGUGUUGAGUUCAGCUGUUGUUUGUCCCCCUGUUUUAAACACCAUUUACCUAAUGCAUACGAAAAAAUCUGGACCACGCCGCUGCAACUCUUGA